AUGAUGCUUAAUCUCCCAGGUAAAAAAUUAUGUGGCAGGCUCGACGCCUACACAGGCACCUGUUGCUCCAUUUUGUGUAGUGAGAAUCAGAUGCCUGGAAUACAUGUAGCAGGAGCACUACUGCAUAUCCACACGGUAAGUGGGGGGUCAUGCUUUUCUGGUUUUAUUCUUACUUCUCCAUUAUCAUUCAGACUUUACCAAAACUACAGAUCGCAUAUUUCAAUUCCAUCGAUAUCCCCAGAAAUAAUGUAUACAAAGAAACACACUGUAGAUGAAAAAAACGAAAAAUAUGCUGGUCAGUUUUAUUCUCUUGGUCCAGACACACUUCCAAGCCCAUCACAAAUACCUGUGGUCGGUAUUGCAAAGCAAAUCCAAGAAGAUAAACAAGACACCUUGUCAAGCAAACAAUAA